ACGGCGAGUGUGUUGGACCGGAUCAGUGCCGCUGCCAUCCAGGAUUCACCGGCAAGACCUGCAACCAAGAUGUGAACGAGUGUGCGUUCAGGCCGUGUAAGUACAGGUGUAUGAACACACCGGGCAGUUAUAAAUGCUACUGUCUCAAUGGCUACAUGAUGAUGGCUGACGGCACGUGUCGCAACGCUCGUACAUGUGCGAUGGCUAACUGUCAGUAUGGCUGUGCGGUGAUGAAAGGUGAGGUCAGGUGUCAGUGUCCGUCUCCAGGACUGCGUCUCGCUCCUGACGGCAGGACUUGUGUCGAUGUGGACGAGUGUGUGACGGGGCAGGCCUCGUGUCCGAGGUUUCGUAAGUGUGUGAACACAUUUGGCAGCUACGUCUGCAGAUGCCAUGAAGGCUUCGAGCUGCGGCACAUCAACGGAAAGUACCACUGCACAGAUAAAAAGUUUUCCUCUCUUUGCUAUGACAAGCCCGGACACAAGAAAUGCAAAUGCACACCGAGUGUUAAAGGAAAGGGUUACGACUGUAAAUCUGUUCUUAAAGUCACCAUUGAGCCGGCAAGACCAGUCGAAGUCGCAGUCAGCCCGACGACCGUCUCCACGGCAACAACUCCCAUGACAACCAACAGAAAAACUACAACUACAGCCACUCCUACUACUACCGUUACCAUAGCAACUUCUGUUCCGACAAGCACUGCCAUGACGACAGUGACACAGAUUACUGUUGCUAUAGCAACAACAACAACAACUACUACAGCCGUCACAACUGUUGCUAUGACCACAAGUCCAACUACAACGUUGACAUCAUCGGCACUGACAACUACAGACACGCCUCCAACGACAACCUCCAUCAAAACAACAACAACAACAACAACAGCAAGCACACAGAUGAGCUCAACUACAACACUAGACAACCGCAUUCACAGAGAGAACACCGCCAAACCACGAGGAGACGUACACAUUCCACGUUUUGAGAACAACCUGUUUGACUUCGACGUUGAGCUGGGAAACACAGAGGAGCUUGCACAAGACGAUCCAGGUACAGAUCAGCCUUUAAACGCAAAACAGACGAAACGAGACGACGAGGACCUUCCUGACUAA